CCCUCCUCCUCCCGCCGGCCUCCGCUUCCCAGAAUCCAAGAUGGCGGGAUCCAGGCACUGGGGUCCCCAGGCCAGAGUUCGGCCUCUUUUCUGCGCCCUGCUGCUGUCGCUUAGUCGUUUCGCUGAGGGCGACGGCACGGGAGGCGACCCCGCGGCCGCUGGUGCUGCGGGCACCGCAGCCGCACUGCCACACCGCCGUUUCGAGUACAAAUACAGCUUCAAGGGGCCGCACCUGGUGCAGAGCGACGGGACAGUGCCCUUCUGGGCCCACGCGGGGAAUGCUAUUCCAAGUUCAGAUCAAAUUCGAAUAGCACCAUCUUUAAAAAGCCAAAGAGGAUCAGUGUGGACAAAGACAAAAGCAGCCUUUGAAAACUGGGAAGUUGAGGUGACAUUUCGUGUGACUGGAAGGGGUCGCAUUGGAGCUGAUGGCCUGGCAGUUUGGUACACAGAAAAUCAAGGCUUGGAGGGUCCUGUGUUUGGAUCAGCUGAUAUGUGGAAUGGCGUUGGAAUAUUUUUCGAUUCUUUUGACAACGAUGGAAAGAAAAAUAAUCCUGCUAUAGUAAUCAUAGGCAACAAUGGACAAAUCCAUUAUGACCAUCAAAACGAUGGAGCCAGCCAAGCUUUAGCAAGUUGCCAGAGGGACUUUCGUAAUAAACCCUAUCCUGUCCGGGCCAAGAUUACAUAUUACCAGAAAACACUGACAGUAAUGAUCAAUAAUGGCUUCACACCAGAUAAAAAUGAUUAUGAAUUUUGCGCCAAAGUGGAAAACAUGGUUAUCCCUCCUCAAGGACAUUUUGGAGUAUCUGCUGCAACCGGAGGGCUCGCAGAUGACCAUGAUGUCCUUUCUUUUCUGACUUUCCAAUUGACUGAGCCUGGGAAAGAACCACCCACACCAGAUAAAGAAAUUUCAGAAAAAGAAAAAGAAAAGUAUCAGGAGGAAUUUGAGCACUUUCAACAAGAAUUGGAUAAAAAAAAGGAGGAAUUCCAGAAGGGCCACCCGGACCUUCAGGGGCAUCCUGCGGAUGAAAUAUUUGAGAGUGUAGGAGACCGCGAGCUGAGACAAAUCUUUGAAGGACAGAAUCGUAUCCACCUUGAAAUCAAGCAGCUGAACCGACAGUUAGAUAUGAUUCUGGAUGAACAGAGGAGAUACGUCUCUUCCUUGACGGAGGAGAUCUCUAAAAGAGGAGCCGCAAUCCCAGGGCAGCACGGACAGAUCACUCAGCAAGAGCUGGAUACUGUGGUGAACUCUCAGCAUGAGAUUCUGAGACAAGUCAAUGAAGUGAAGAACUCGCUGAGUGACACCGUCAGACUGGUCAGCGGCCUGCAGCAUCCCGGGUCUGCAGGGGGGGUUUAUGAGUCCACGCAGCACUUCAACGAUAUCAAAGAGCACCUUCACAUAGUAAAGCGGGACAUCGAUAACUUAGUGCAGCGAAAUAUGCCAUCAAAUGAAAGACCAAAAUGCCCAGAACUGCCACCAUUUCCAUCGUGUUUAUCCACGAUACACUUUGUAAUAUUUGUAGUGGUGCAAACGGUGUUAUUCGUCGGUUAUAUCAUGUAUAGGACUCAGCAAGAAGCAGCUGCCAAAAAAUUCUUUUGACCACCAUUUUCAUAUGUGCACAUCACGUAUGUGUGUACACAAUGUUGUCUUUUUGAGGGAAUUUAAAUAUUUAAAUUGCUUCAUAGUCUAAAUUAUUAAAUUUUGUAUAAAAUAACUUUAAACAUUGAUUUGCAGUAAGAAUAAACCUUAAAAACAAAGACAACCACAUGUAAAUUUGUGCAUAGUACAUAAAUCUAUUUAAAUUGCAGUGAAUUUCUGGCCAGUAGAAUACAGCCACUGAACAGAAUAUUGAUUAAAAAAAAAAAAGAUGGUAAAUAAUAGAAACCGGGGGCACCCCUCCAAAUGUGAAAGUCCCCCCUACGUCUCCCGUGUUGGAGGUUUCUUUAUUUAGCCUAAAAUACACUUGCCCUCCUGCCCCCCAGACUCUGCGGUCUGAGAGUCCCACAUCAUGUCCAUUGUGUAACCAGAGACUUUUCUUAGAGGUCAGAGCCCCCUACUCUGUGACCCAGUCCUGCAGGCCUUUAAUGCCAUUCCCUUUGAAAUCAAAGAAUAUUUUGUCUGAGAGCUUUAGGAUCUAGAAAAUAGGCUUCAGAAUGUUGAAGUAUUUUGCCCUCCGAUUAUCCAGGAUACAUUUCACUUUUAAAGGGAAUUUCGGAAGAAAAUGAAGAGCUGCUCUUUGCCUGGAAACCCACUGAGGUGGCAUCGUUCCUCUGAUGCUGGUUUUCCGAGGCCCCCUUCCGCCCGGGGAUGUGUUCGUUCCGUGACCGUCGCUCGCGUUCCCGAAUGCCUCUGUUGCAACAGUGUCAGUUCAAGAUUAUGAAAAUGAUUUUUGUGUUUAUUUGUAACUUACGGAACUUAUUUCUCCUGUGUUGUACGGUGUGUAAGUCCAGCUUCGACUGCCUAACCUGAGGAUAAAGCUCACAAAACCCUCUAUGUUUUGGUUAACAUUACGCCAUAUAGUCUGGUAUCAUGUAAAUCAAGGAGGCUGUAGUAGAUUCUUAAGUCGUCUUUGGACAUAGUUCUAAGUAGUCUCGAAACGGUCAAGGACACUUUCAAAUGCAGACCUCGUGUUUUCACUGCUGAUGUAGACCUAUUUCUUACUGCUUCAAAAUGCUCUCUAAGUAGUUAUCUGUCCUUUGUCACAGAAGCCAACAUAAUGCUGUGUUAUCAAACAGCACUGUUGGAUUCCUGCAGACCUUCGUGAAUUUGCUCUCAAAGUCAUUCACAGCCUGAGCGGACUGCCUGGCGUCUCCGCGCGCCCGCUCCGUGCUGUGCGCGCGCCGGCCUAGCCUUGCUCUCCAGAUUCGCGCUCGUCCUGGAAUGCCCAACGAGAAUGUUCUCGUGACCACCCUCUCCGCUCCGGCCACUUGGCCAGAGAACAUGCUUCUGUGGUGGGUCUGCUGGGUGGUAGUAACAUUCUGAAAUUGGUGUGUCAGAGACAUCGUCACACAAUUUGCUCUUAAUCUGUGAAAAAACACGAACAAAAAACCACCCGAAGAACAUGUAAGUUGUGGGCCGUGAAAGGCGGGAAGGCCUCUUGAGGUGAAAGGCUGUAGCCUGUCCCGUGUCACACGCGCCCGAGCGUCCGGCAGGAAAACCAGAGGCGCGUCCGCCGCGUGCGGAGGGGCCCGGCCCGGGGAGCGCGUGAAUCUCUCUCUCUUUUCCUUAGUCAUCUUGAAAAUCCUGUCGGAAAGCAGUUUGCACAGGCUCUUCGUCAUAUUAUUUGAAAUUCGGUUUCUUUUCCUCAGAAUCACAGACGUUAUGUAGUUUCAUUUCUGAAGAAAGAUAUUCGCUCUGUGGAGAAAUCCGUCACUGCCAGGAUCCUCUCAUUUCUGUACUGUUUUGUGUAACUGAAUUUGUUGACUUCUCUCACACCAGCAAGUAUUUUCCAGGUGCCUUGGAUGAAAACAAAAUUGAUUUUAAAUUUUUAGUGUAACUCAUUGUGCUUCUGAUGCCACUUUAAAAAAAAAUCCAGUUACACAAUGGUUACUGCUUUUACUUAGUGUGUCUGUGUGUUCUCUGAUUGUUGGAAUGUUUUAUUCAGCUCGAAACUUCCCUGUGAAGUCACAGACAACAAAAGGUGUUUUGUUAGGUAUUAAAGGGGCAUCAGCGUUUCUCAAAGUGUGGUCUGUGGACCGUCUGGGUCCUGGUGGUCUGUGAAGAACACGGAGGCCGGGGCUCCGUGCUAAGCCGCCCAAUCAGAACUCAGGGGCGGGGCUUCCGAAGGUCGUUUUCAGCAAGCACCUCGGGUGAUUCUGAGCACACUGACGUCUGAGAACCACUAAGAUGAGGAGUGCAAAAGUGUAAGCCUUUAGUUGGUUUACAGCUGAGCUGAGAGCGUAAUGGAACAUUUUCAGCAUCAGUGACAUUAGCCAAUGAGCGCUGAUUCUUUUAUAUGUAACAAUGUUCUUUUUACUAAAACUCUUGGUUUAUUAAUAACGAUACACCAAACCAGAUCGUUGCCCGUAGCUCUUGGUACUUUGGUUGACGGCUUUUAAACGCAUGAAAUCAUCCGAUCGGUGUUAGGCCGUGAAAACUCCCACCUCAGAGUCUGCCUGCUACCGCUCUUUGCUUUCCCGAUUGCAAAUUUUGUGGCAUUUUAUCUCAGACAAUUGUACUUUUUGAUAACUUGGGGAAAACGGAAAUUACUUGAAUAAGGGAUUGCCUGACCCAAUGCAUUGCAGAUAUACAAUCUUUGUAAAGAAUUUAAAUAACAGUUGUGAAUAUUAAGAUGUGAUUAUCUUUUCCUGUUCGUGUACUUAACUGCAGGGAGAUAGUGAACACACAACUAUGUGGAUUUUUUUAUUUAUAAGAUCUAAUGUAAAAUCACCACUUGCAACUUUUUAGACCUGUAUGUUUGCCUGUUUAAUAUAUUUCUUUUAAAGUUUAAAAGGGUUUUCUAUCCACUGUUAAUUUCAAUUGGGUAACAUUUUGUCAAGUGUUUUAUUUCUGAUUGUUAUUUGACGCUAGCUGAAAUUCAAGAAAUGACAUUGACCUUACUCAAAUAAAGAAAUAUUUUAGUAAAUUUA